AUGGCAUGGCAACCAGAUCGACAAGGAUUAAGAGAAUUAACAUAUUUAUUAAGAGAAGCAGCUAAUCCCAAUGGUCGUGAUCAAGGGCUUAUAAGCCAGAGACUGCAACUAUUUAAUGAAUAUCCUGAUUAUAAUGCUUAUCUUAUAUACAUACUCACCAAAGCAACAAAUGAAGAUAUCAAUACGAGACGAGUUGCUGGUUUACAACUUAAAAAUAAUAUCAAGAACAAUUUCAAUUCGAUCCCCAUGUUUACUCUUAAUUAUGUCAAGCAGGCCUGUAUCGAAGCGUUAGCACAUCCAGAAGUCGUCAUCGUAAAGACACUAUCCUCUGUGGUAUCUUCGAUCGUAAGCAGAGGACAAGUGCAUAAUUGGUUAGAAGUAUUAUCCUUUUUGAUUCAUCAGUUGAGCAGCAGCAAUAAAUUGGUCAUAGAGACUGCACUCAAUACAUUAGUCAUGAUUUGUGAAGAUACAGCAAUAGAAUUAGAUGAAGAGAUGCACGGGAUUCGACCACUCAGCUUUAUGCUUCCUAAAUUUAUCGAAUUUAUUUCGAGUGCUGAGCCACGCUGGCGAGUUCAGGCGAUCAAUGCAACUAGUCAAUUUGUUCUUUUAAAGUCACCUUCAUUUGUAGAACAAUUUGAUGCCAUUCUGACGGCGCUGUACGCUAGAACAAGUGAUUCAGACCAUCGUGUGCGACGUGAGCUGGGGAGAAUUCUUGCCAUCUUGUGGGAGGCCUUUCCAGAAAAGCUACAACCUUAUUUAUAUCCUACCAUCGAAUAUAUGAUCCAGGCCACUAUGGAUCAAGAUGAAGAAGUUGCUCUUGGUGCUUGUGAUUUCUGGGUCCAAUACGCUCAAGUGGAUCGAUAUCAUGACGAACUUGUUCCUUACUUGACUCGUCUUGUCAAUUGCUUGCUUCGACUCAUGGUCUAUUCCGAAAAGGACUUACUCGAUUUAUCUGAUGAACCCAUGCACACUCCAUUUAUAGAAGAAGACAGCGAUCAGGCGAUAAGGCCCAGAUAUUACCGUCCAAAAAAUCUAAUUGAGUCACCUGAACCAGUAGAUCAUCCACAAAAUUACAGUGAUUCAGAGUCUGAAUUUGAUUCGGAUGAACAUCAUAUCACAGAUGACGAUGAACAUGACGAUGAUCGAGACGAAUUCGACGAUUUUGACGAUGACGAAUUUUAUUCUCAAGUUUCUCUUCGACAAUCCAGUGCCGCCGCAUUAGAUGUGUUGUCUGUCACUUACAAAUCAGACAUCGCUUCUGUCCUUUUAGACCAAUUACUUCGUCACACUCUUCAUGAUCAGAAUUGGCUUAUUCGUGAAAGCGGUAUUUUGGCAUUAGGCGCAGCAGCAGAAGGUGGUAUUGAAGUCAUCAGUCGGUAUCUACAUCAGCUGAUUCCCUACCUUUUGAACUCGAUGCAAGACCCUCAACCUCUUAUUCGCUCCAUCUCCUGCUGGGCAACAAGUCGAUUUUCAAAGUGGUUAAUGCAUCAGUACGACACGAACGAACAAGGUCGCCAGCUCUAUUUUGAGUCUGUGCUCUAUACCUUACUUCACACUCUUUUAGAUACCAAUAAGCGCGUACAGGAAUCAGCCUGCACUGCAUUCACUAUUUUGGAAGAAAAUGCCUCGAACCGACUGAGACCUUACAUAUACUCUAUUCUUACUCACACUAAUAAAGCAUUUACACUCUAUCGUCGUAAAAAUAGACUUAUUCUGUACGAUGCGCUUGGCACAUUAGCUGACUCGGUGGGCCAUGCGCUAAAUAACCCUACCUAUAUCGGUCUAUUGAUGCCUCCUCUGAUCACAAAGUGGAACGAAUUAGCAGAUAAUGACACGGAUCUAUUUCCUUUAUUAGAGUGCCUCUCCAAUAUAACAGCUGCCCUCGGUUCAGGAUUUAAACCGUUUGUAGAACCAGUUCUAUCAAGAUGUGUUCAACUCAUCUCUUCUACUUUACAACAACAAGCCUAUGCUGAUGAAUACCCGGACAAGAUAAGUCCACCGAACGUAGAAUUCUUGAUUGCCGCGCUUGAUCUUUUAUCUGGUAUCGUCCAAGGACUGGGGUCCAGUAUUCAACCAUUAAUUGCCAAUACAAAUCCACCUUUGCUAUCUCUCUUGAGGACUUGCAUUCAUGAUCCUGUUUCUGAAGUACUUCAAUCGACAUUUGCACUAAUAGGCGAUAUUGCUAUUGCUUGCUUCAACUUGCUGGAACCGUUUAUUCCUGAUAUCAUGGUAAAGCUUAUUCAGGUGCUCAAGAGCCCAGAAUAUAUUAUUUCUGUUGUUUCUGUGUACAACAAUGCACUUUGGGCGAUUGGUGAAAUUGUCAUGAGAUGGAAGUCCAAGACGAUGUAUUAUAUUCCUGCAUUGAUAGACGUAUUGGUGCCUCUACUGAAACAUGCCCAUGCUCCACCUUCUGUGCAUGAAAAUUCUAUGGUUGCGCUGGGAAGAUUAGGAUUAGCUUGUCCUGAAAACGUGGCACCUCACUUGAGGAAAUUUAUUAAACCAUGGCUGAAAAAGUCUCUAUCGGUCCGAGAAGGUGACGAAAAGGAUAGUGCUUUCCGAGGCUUGUGCGCGAUGAUAAAGAUAAACGUAAAGGAUGCUCAAGAGGAGCUUUACUUACUCUUGGUCUCCAUUUCUACUUGGAAAUCACCUUCAUCCUUAUUGUCAAAGGAUUUGUGCGAUGUGGUGGAAGGAUUUUAUCAAAUGAUAAGUCAAGAUGAAUGGAACUAUACAUUCUCUUCACUCAACAAAGAAGAACAAGCUUACAUUCAAUCCAUUCUAGGGAAAAACAAUACUUAA